ACCGCACCUCUCACGGUCUCCGUAAAAUCAUCACCAGCUUCAUAAAAAUAUCACCACUUCCGCACCCCAAAUCCACACAUCCCCAAGAUGUUACUCCAACGCCUACAGCCUCCUAUACGAGGCGCCAUAACCUCAAUUACACGCACAUCCUCCGCCUCGGCAGCAGAAACCCAUCUCUGUGAAGCCCUCACAAAUCUCACAUUUAAAAAGCCAUCAUCAUAUCCUCUUGCCCCUCUUAUCACCAUUCGUCACGCAUCUCACGCUGCGCAGGGAGCCGUAAAUAAAGCAAAAGAUGGGCCUGGAAAAAGACUCGGUGCUAAGAAAUCCGGCGGUAUGUUUUCCUUUUGUUCCUCUCAUUCCUAGAAAUUGAAUCCGAAUCAGACAAACCUUUGAAAGUUGCUAAUCAAUGCAUGCAUGCAUAUAUGAAUAGAACAAUAUGUCAUUCCCGGUAACAUAAUAUUUCGUCAACGAGGCACCCAUUGGUUCCCGGGCGAUAACUGCGCAAUGGGUCGCGAUCAUACGAUCUAUGCUACUCAACCCGGCUAUGUAAAAUACUACAAAGAUCCCGAACGACAUCCCAAACGCCAGUAUAUCGGUGUAGUAUUCAAGCGCGAGCAAGUUCUCCCGUUACCACGGAAUACUAUUCGACGACGACGUCUUGGGAUGGAAAUCGCAAAGAUUGUUGAGCCGGAGACUGCUCCUGUGGAAGUAGAGGUUAGCGUGGAGGAAGAUGCGAAUACGAGUGUGCAGAUUAAGAAGGAGAAGAAGAAGAAGGAGAGGAAGGGGGAGGAGGGUAGAAAUCUACAGUUGAGACCUGGGUAUAUGUAUCGGGAGGCUAAUUGGGAGAUUGGUCGCGCGGCGGAGAGGGCAAAGGUUAAGGUGCGUUUGUAUAAACCGGGGGAUAGAUGGACGGCGUGGAGGAAGUCAAAUGCGAGGAAGUCGAAGAAUGCGGAGAAGAGGGGGUUGGCGGGUAGGAAGAAGAAAUAGAUGGAUGUGGAUUAAGGGGGAGGGAAGGGCAAGGAAGAGGACUGUAUGAUUAUCUAUCUAUCUGGUCUUGUUAUGAGGAUUUGAAGGAACGGGCUUGGAUUAGCCUUUUCGUGAUAUUGAAGAUAUCCUAGAGAAAUGGCUGGUGUAACUAGGUAAUACUGUAUCCGAACAUAACCAAUCUCCUGAAUGUAUACACAGGUUAUGAAGCACAUCAUAUCACAUCACACAUUAUCCCAAAAUGUACAAGGCCAAAUUUCCAUCAGGA